GUGGGUAACAUGGGGGAAUAUGCCCACUUGCGCAGACAACGAGGCGAUAUUUGCUAUGGAGAAGGAGCGGCUUAUCGCCGUAUUUUCCCAGAGUUCUCUGUCUAUCUACUGCCAACUUCGAACGUGGGCCUAUCGACUACUACGAGCCGUAUCAAUUGAACCCGAUCCGCAUUCUUUGACCCGGGCAGGCGAAUAGAAGAAAGUAUGGAGAACCGUGAUUCGGGGGUGGAAGACUUGCCAGACGAUUUAACAUUACUCGAACAACUCAGGACCAUGUUGGGGCAGGUGCAUUUGGUGAUAUCUGGAAAUGCAAUUACAGUGCAAAUAGCGGUAUUUCAACCUUCGUUGCGGUCAAGGCCUUCAAAUUUCCAGAGCAUUAUAAUUCGGAGCAAAUCAGCAGGAAAAUCAGGAGACAUUGGCAUUUUGAAGAUUCUACGCCAUGACAACAUUGUACCGUUGUUGGGUACAGUGACAGGAUUUGAACGGAUGCCACAAUCGCGCUGCUUAGUAACUCCAUGGAUUCCAAACGGCACGUUGAAUGCCUACCUAGCAUCUAACCACAGUGAUCUCACAGAGCUGGACCGUUCACGUAUGUUGCAAGACGUUUGAAAUGAGUGGUGACCUACCUUUGGUGCAGUGCA